AUGGCAAUAGAUGUCUUCCAGGACAAGCAUAUCUGGACCGCAAUGGAGUGCAUCGACUCAUCUGAGAUUCAGAAUACUGAUGACAACUGCUUUCUCAAUGAUCUAUCUAUACCACUCACAGACAGUGAACCUGAGAGUGACAACGAGGAUCCUGAUAUGGGAAUAUCACCUCUGAUGGAACAAAGUGACUCUAGUUAUACUGUAACCUGUACAGUCAACAUUGCAGUAGCUCUCCUUAAAGUAGAAGAUGCAGAAUCUUUAAGUGUGUCUGAAAAAAAGAAAAAGGGGCAAAAGAAAGAACCAUCCAAUGAGGUAGUGGAGGCUCCCAGAGCUGAGGGCUAUUACUGCAUUGAAUACAAUAUGUUUCCAGAUGUCGCUGAGCCUACCAAAGUGGACCUAGUGAUGUUUGGUUCGGCUGCUAAAGUCUACAUGACAAAUGAAACUAAGGUGCUGAAGCCAUGGCAAGAAGGAAACCAGGUGUGGGUGGGAUGGUCUCAGACCUUCAAACGGAAUGUGACCAAAGAGCUUCUAAUCAAAAUGGCCUCCCAUAAAAUCACAGUUAAAGUGUGGGACAGCAAAGAUAAAAUAUCCUUCAGAGCCAGGAAUGACAGACCUAAAGCAUUCCGAUUACCACAAGAGAGGUCUGGAGAAGAUCCAGAUGAAAUGGUUGGUAUUAAGAAGAUGGUUUAUAAACUGAGAGCAAUCUAUGAGAAGGAGAACCAGAGGACAUCUAUGAAACACCACACAGGUCCAGUUGCAAAUUACUUCCCUAUUACGCAUGGUUUGGAUGAAGAAAAAAACAAAGAAGCUAGGAAGAUGCUCUUCCAAAAACCAACGGUGGAGUUCCUAGACGUCGCACAACCAAAGGAGGCUGCUUCACUGGAGCUCAAUUUAGUUUCCCUCCUUGCAGGGUCUAUGACACUCACUGACUGUCUGGAACAUUGUUCUGGAGGAGUGAAUGAGGGAUUCUUAAACAUCACUUUGGAUCAGCCUCUCAUGUCAAAAGAGCUGAAGGCUGAACUCAACCCUCUGGUCAUUACUAUCUUGUCUGCUUUAUCUUUACCAUCCUCUCCAGUUCCCUUUCAUAUACUUAAGGAGAAAUGUCUUUCUGUUUACUGCCAGUACAAGUUCCACAACAUGCCUCUUUACAGAACCAAAGGCCAUGAUCACAGCCCUGACAUCUACUUCAAAGAUAUGAAUGUUAUUUUUACUGGCCUGUUGAGCACUGGACAGCUGUGUGAGUUUCUUAGAUGUCCGCCUUUAGAGAUCGAAGUCCAUGAUCGAGAUAGAAAAUUGGAAAAACCCUACAGGCCUCCAGCUGUGUUUGACCCAAGUAAUUUCCGACUAGACAGUGUGGAUCUAGGUAUCACUAAACGGACCCAUGAUCCAUAUGGCAUAGCAAAACUAGAUCUUUCAGAUCUCUUAACAGGAUGCAGAUAUUUGAAGACGAAAUUGCCCAUUGGGUGCACAAAUUUUGCAAUAGAUGAACUGGAGACGACAACGUUCCAAAGAAGUUCUUUUGAGGUUCCUUUAGAUACCCCUAUGCCAGUGGGUCAUUAUAUACAAGCUGACUCUUAUCUAAAAGUUCAGGUGGAGAUAGCAUAUCCCAUAAAUCCUGGCAGUGCCAAGAGCGAAGAUUGCCCUUUUGGUCGCAUCAUUUACAUUUUUAAGUAUAGCAAUGCUCCCGUGUUAGCCAAACUGACAUCUGAAAUCCUACAAGUCAAUUCAGAAGCUUUCCAACUAGACUGUUAUCCAGAGGAAACAAUUGAGCGAGUCCUCUCUGGUCAUAAAAUGAGUGCCAAAGACAGAGAGAACAAAACCCGCAAUGUUCUCACUGGAUUUCAUAUGAUGGAUAAAGCUCGACACCUUUUUGUUCUGGAAGGAUUGCAGGAUCAAGCAGUCAAAAGACUGUGGACUCAAGUGCCUAUGAAGUUGGAUGGAGAUGAGGAGGAACAGGUGACUGUGCUGUAUAACUCAGACCUGAGUUUCUCCGAGCAGCUCUAUGACACACUUGAUGUGGGUCUUAGUCCGAUUUACCUCCUGAAGCCACUUGAGACCAUCAUGGGUGAACCUCUGCUGUUUAUCCGAAAUAUGGUUCCUUAUGGUUGCCUAGAAGCUAUUAAACGAAUAAGUCACCUCUGCCAUACCAAGAAGCUUUCAGAAGUAGUACACCACAACCUUUUCCCAUCAGCCGACAUGGUUCUCAGUUUAAGCAAGCAGUUUGGAUUGGUUCUCGGGAGAGGACAGUUAAAGCUGGUGAUGGAGACUCCAAAACCUCAGGAUAUCCCUGAUGAUCAUAAUAUCAAAAAGAGAAUUCACACACCUCUUGAUAACGUCAACAAGGAAUAUUUCCAGUGGAAACAGCAACAGGGUAAUAAUAUGAAAGACAUCAUUCAGGCAAAUAUUGAAGACGUCCAUAGAGCGAGCACUGAGUUACAAAAAUCAAAGCCUAUUAUGCUUGUGGACAAUGUUGAUGAUGGACAACCUGGACAACAUUCACCCAAUGUUCAAAGCAUGGACUCAGCCCAGCGUAACAAACUACUACUUAGAGACAUGAUUCCCCUUUGCAUUCCUUUUACCUACCCUGGUUUCAAGAGCAGUGUUGAAUCUAACCAGCACCCAAAGCUACCCGACGAUGCUCGAAUAGACGAACUCAGAAAGCCCUGGAGAGAAAACAUUCUCCAUGGGAGCACACUCAAGCCGACUCUUUCCAGAUCCAGACUGCCGUGGAUCCAGAGACAUCAGGAUUUUGAACUUUAUUCCAUGCCACAGUUUGCGUUUGGACCAGAGUUCCCCAUGAGCAUCCAUUUGGCCGGAGAGAGUCUACACGAGGAGCAGCUAGAGGCGGCACAUGCUCAGUAUAACAGGUGGAUGAGCAAGAUGCUGCUUGAUGAAACUGCGAAAGCAAGCAGAAGAUUUCCCGAGUUUAUUUGUCACACGAAGAGAGCAGAUCUGGAUAAAUUAGAAGACAUACUGAAGGACAAGCCCAUGAAAUAUUCUUUGAGGAGACCAGGAAUGAUUUUAAAGCCCAUUCCAGUUAGUUCUGUGGUCCAGUGUACGGAUCCAGCCGAAUCGGUUGAGAGAGAAGCCAAUAUUCCAUUUGCAGCUGGACCCUUUCAGAACCACAGUCUGUGCUGGGACAAAAACGCUAUCCCAAGACACACAUCCCACUACAGCAAGUAUCAUUUCAGAGGUUACUGGAGGCCACAUUCAUUUCUGCACAAGCGAGGUGCUUUGCCACUUACAGAUGAGGAGAGAAGAAUACACUCCACCCAGAAACCUGCAGAUACCCCAGAGACCCGUAUGAUAACAGCCCACUUCAAACACAACAAAAACAUCAUAGAGAUGAGGACCAACAAAGACAUCACUUUACACGUGCAUUAA